CUGCGAGCGAAGUUUUGCAUUAAUUCUCCUGGUCUUCCUUCUCCAGCUCUCUCGCUGAAAUGCUACUCAUGCGCUGAACAUUCCAACAGCUCCCACUGCGUGAUCCCCAUGGCGUGCUCAGAGCUUGACAAGUACUGCAAGACCACGGUUGGGCCAUUGGAGAUGGGCUCCUCAAGCAUGGCACAUGUCUCCAAGACGUGCGCGCCGGAAUGCACCGAAACCAACCAGCAUGGAGUUUCCACCUCCUGUUGCCAGAGAGACUUUUGCAACCGGAAUGGAGCAGCCAGAACGAGGCUCGGCCACGUGGAGCUGGCCAUCGUGGUUCCUCUUGCCAGCGCAAUUCUCUGGGUUGGACCCUGAAGCCUCAGGCAAAGAACGUUCACCCAGAUUGUUCUCCUUUUCUAUUUGUGGGGCCGUAAAAUUAUAGAUCACAUUCAUUGGGGGGCGCCAGGGGAGAAAAAUUGAAUGCUAAAUUCAUUUCAUAUCAACAUUCCUGUCCUAAGUGCAUUUUCUCUGAAGUUAUUGUCAUGUUGAUUUGAUAGAACUAAAUUUGAGUGAGCAUCCUUAGGAUUCCCCCAGUCUUGUUUUAAUUCCCAGCCUCAAUCGGUUAUAAUCUGCAUGUGAAAAGUGUGUUUUCAUCAGUAAAACACAGGGGUCCAGCAAUGGGAAGUUGAUGUAAAGCUUGACAAUCGUUGGGGCCGCUUUUGGAGAGGGAUGCAUGAGCCUGUUGAUUUCGUUUCCUCACUUACCAACCUUAAAUUUAGUUCUCCACAUUGUUGCAUUUACCUGUGGUUUUUAAAAAGCCCUCUCAAAACUUUAU